AUGGACAAGCAAUUGACGCUUCCAUCUCUCGCGAUACCAAUGCAUGUUGGAGAUCUCAAAAGAAACCGCUCACUUCGAAUAAGUUCUCCAAGGAGAGAAAAGGACAAAGAGAAGCUCGAGAGAAGGCCUUCUGAUGAGAGCGCCAAGCUGAGCCGCAGCGCUAGCUUGAUCAGGAGAACGAAACAUCUCUCACUGAGGAUGCGCCGACACGGUGACAAGGUCGGUGACGACGAAGCUGUCGACGAAAGUGAUUGCAAAAUACAAUAG